AUGGCGGCCUCUCCAACUGCAUCGCCUAGUUUAUUCGGUGACAUAUCGGUGGAUCAUGCUGUUGCGGGUUUCGGGGCAGGAACAGUUGCUACCUUAGUAAUGCAUCCAUUAGAUCUUGUCAAAGUCCGGUUUCAGUUAGCGGAUAACGCAACAAUCCCACAUUCUCCUGCUCCUGCUUACAAUUCCCAAUCGACUUUGCCGCACCACUUUAAAAAACCAAGGUUUGGAACAGGGGUGUAUACAGCUCUCAAGGAUGCGGUCCAAGUGGAUGGUUGGAAGGGAUUGUACCGCGGACUAGGACCGAACCUGGUGGGAGGAGCUGGUAGCUGGGGAUUAUAUUUCCUUUUCUAUAAUAUGAUAAAGAAGCAGAUGCAGGGGGGUGACCCUAGUUAUCGGACUUCAAGCGGUCAACACUUGUUAGCGGCAGCUGAAGCUAGUGCCAUAACAGCGAUGAUGACAAAUCCAAUAUGGGUGGUGAAAACUCGAGUAUUUGGCACCGCAAAACACGAUCCAGCGGCUUAUAGAGGUCUGUGGGACGGUCUCAGUUCGAUCUACCGCAUUGAGGGCAUACGCGGUCUGUAUAAAGGAUCAUUAUUGGCUCUAGUAGGUGUUUCGAAUGGGUCUAUUCAGUUUGCGGCAUACGAGGAGAUCAAAAGGCGGAGAGCGGAUAUGAAACAAAAACGAUUUGACAGAGAAGGGAGAGAAUGGAGAACGGAAGACGAAAAAUUGUCAAAUACAGAGUACAUACUAGCAUCGGGAUCUUCGAAGCUCGUCGCCAUUGCCCUAACAUACCCUUAUCAGGUUAUUCGGGCGAGAAUACAGAACUCCACUCCUUCCUCCAACAUCCCUCGUCUGACAAUUCCAUCGGUUAUAUCCUCAAUAUACAAAUACGAAGGCUUAUUGGCCUUCUACAAAGGGCUUGGUACCAACGCACUGCGGAUUCUACCAGGUACAUGCACAACCUUCGUCGUGUAUGAAAACCUGGUGUGGGCAUUCAGAGCAGUGGCGAUAAAGCAGCGGGAAGACUAG